AUACUGCAGCCAUGGGAUUUAGAGCCACAGCCCAGUUGCUCUUCCUCCUUUCUUUCUUUGCUUCUGGAAUUCAUCUCAAUCUCUCUGCCACAGACCCUGGUGAUGCGGCAGAACUCCAAUCCCUCAAGAGUCAUUGGCAAAAUACACCACCAAGCUGGGAUCAGACCGAUGAUCCAUGCGGAGCACCAUGGGUCGGAGUUACAUGCACCAAUUCAAGGAUCACUUCAUUGUCAUUACCAAGCAUGAGCCUCGCAGGGAAUCUAAGUGAUCGUAUUGGAGGACUAACCGAAUUGAGAUCCUUGGACCUGUCAUUUAAUCCAAACGUUACAGGAUCCCUCACUCCACGGUUAGGAGAUCUGAAAAACUUGAAAAUCCUAAUUCUUGCUGGCUGUGGCUUCAGUGGUAGUAUUCCAGAUGAGCUGGGCAAUCUUGCUGAGCUAUCCUUCUUGGCUCUCAACUCAAACAUUUUAUCUGGUAGAAUCCCCGCUUCGCUCGGUAAACUCUCCAAACUCUACUGGCUGGACCUUGCAGAAAAUCAAUUGACAGGAACAAUCCCAAUCUCCAAGAACUCCAGCCCAGGCUUGGACCAGCUACUAAAUGCUAAGCACUUCCAUUUCAAUAGAAACCAGCUUUCAGGCUUCAUUCCACGUGAACUUUUCAGCUCUGAUAUGAUGCUGAUACAUGUAUUGUUCGAUGGGAAUCGACUUGAAGGAGGAAUUCCUUCCACAUUAGGUCUAGUUAAGACUCUUGAGGUUCUUCGACUCAAUAGAAAUGCUUUUUCUGGGGAGGUUCCAAAAAAUCUGAACAACCUCACGAAUCUCAAUGAAUUGAAUUUAGCAAACAAUAAACUUAGGGGCCCUUUACCAGAUUUAACUAAAAUGGACUCCCUCAGUUACGUGGAUCUCAGUAACAAUUCCUUCGACUCUUCAGAAUCUUCUGAUUGGUUCUCAACCUUACCAUCUCUCACCACCUUAGUUAUAGAAAAUGGACCUCUUCAAGGGACUUUAACGCCAAAAGUCUUCAGCUUUCCCAAUAUACAGCAAGUGCUAUUGAGGAACAAUGCAUUCAAUGGCACCUUUGACCUGGAUGACAGCUUUAGUCCACAACUUCAACUCGUUGAUCUGCAGAACAACCAGAUUUCCGCCGUAACACUGUCAGCUGACUACAAAAACAAAUUAAUACUUGUGGGAAACCCUGUGUGCACUGGUCUCCCAAAUGUUAGUUUCUGUCAACCGUAGCAGAUGAUUUCAAUAUCUCCACAUGAGGAAGGAUAGCAAGCAUCUUGAUUCGUUUUUAUGCUAAAUUCGGUUGUUCAUAGCUGUACAAGCUUUCAGUUGACUCUUCGUUGUUUUGAAUUCUUUGAGUCCUUUGUUUCCAAUU